AUGCUUCAAGGUGGGAAUCAACAAUCGCUGCAGCCUGCAUCAUCAGCCACAGCUGAUUAUGUGAAUAACUCGACCACGGGCUCCACUAGUAAUUUUCAAAUGGGACUUGAAGCUGAAGCGAUGGCGUUCAUGAUUUCCUUGAAAAAAGGAUUACACUCAUCAGUAGUUGCCCAACAAAUUCAAAGUGUUGUUAGAUUCACUGAUCUUAUCACUGAGUAUCCUCUUCCGAUCAUUGCCAAUAGUACAUUGCUAAAAUUGGCUGAUGUUUUUCGAGAUUGUAACAAUAAUUUUGUUCGGUAUUGGAUUGUGAGCGUCUUCGAAGAGGUGAAGGGAGAAUUAUUGAAAGUAUUAAAUCAAGAAGAAUUGAUUAGGAGAAUAUCUGCAGUAUUGGGUUCUAAUGAUCCUAUUGCUCGAUCAUUGGCACUCAGAAUGUUUGGUCACAUGGCCGAAAUACUCUCCGAUAGAACUGACUUACAUCAUCUCAUUGAAAAGAACCUGCUGACUUGCAUUGAAGGAUAUGAGAGAGAGUCAUGUGUUGUUGCUAUUGAACAAAUAUGCUCAUCAUCAAAACAAUUUGCUUCUCAGAUUCUUCCACAAAUUGAAAUAUUGCUGAAUGAUAUCAAGUCACCUCCUCAGGCUAAGCUAUCUCUUAUACGUGUGUUAAGACACAUGCACAGUGAUGUAGACACUGUAAACAGAACAUUCAAAUUAUGUUCCGAGUCAUUAUUGAGAGCACACCCAACCACUCCUUUUAUACUGGCCAUUAUUGACACCUUGACGCAACUUGCUCAAAACUCAGUUUUUAUUGGCCAAGAUACCUUUAAAUUGUUGUUUAACAUUUUUGAACUUGACGGGAGAAAGAAAGUCAAGAUUGCAUGUCUAAAUAGUAUUACCAAACUCUCAAAAAAUCUCUCCGAUACCUAUACCCUAGAUUUCCCUUUUGAUAUGUUAUCCAAGUUUCUGAAUAACUCUCCUUUUGACUCUAUCAAAAUAUGCAUUCUCAAGCUACUGGCAUCUCUUUCAUAUUCUCCUUUCAAUGUUAAACAGUGUUUUAACUUUUCGGAUAAGAACAAUAUUAUUCAUACUGUAGAAUUGCUAUUAUUUUAUCAAAAAUUAGAAAUAUCUGAUUUCUCUUUUGAAAUUAUGAUUAAUGCAGUACGCCACUCAAAUCAAAACGAGCAAGUUCUUGAACCUCUCCUGAAAAACUUGUCAAGAGCUUUUUGUUUUUCUAUUCCAUAUCGCGUUCGAAACAAUGAUAAUUUAUUCUUUAUCAAAAAAAUCUGUGAAUAUUUGGUACGCUUCAUCAAGUCCUUCCCAGGCUAUGCAAGUCUUAUCACGAAAACUCUCCUAAGCGAGAUUGGUAACAUUUGUACGUCAAUAUCUUCCAAUCAAAUCUCUCAACAACAGGAAUUCCUACGAUCGAGCAAUUUGUAUUUCUCCAAGUGUCUCCUUAAAAUUUCAUCACAUUGUCCCAACGUUCUUGUCCAUCAUUUGACGGCAAUCUAUGAAACUGCAGCUACUACGAAUUUACCAGACGAAAUUAUUGUGAACCUCUAUGAAGUUAUUUUCCAUGUUCUAUACAUCAAUCGACACAAAAACUUUAACAAUGAAUUUAGUCAAACAAACAUUAAGGCUCUCGUAGAAUCCAAGAGAUAUUGGUGUUUGUACUUGCUUGCUAAGAACUCAAUGUUCUAUAACCAUUUCAGCCUCUCGGAGUCUAUUUUGAACAUAAUUAAGGACAAAGUCGAGGAAGAAGCAACAUCCUUCUAUUUGAAAUCCUUGUCGUUAUGGGCGAGUGCCGAGAAUUUACUUUUUACAAAUUAUUUGAAAAUGCAGGAGGUGGUAUUUAUUGAGAAUGACGUCUUGCAAGAUUGUCUGCAAAUGUUUGAUCAGGCAACCAUGCUUCUUAAAGCUAGUGGUGUCAGCAACUCUGGUUUUCAGCAAUUGUAUUUUGGACAGAGAAGACUAUUUAUUGACAGUAUCCUGAAUCUAACGUUACACCUUGCAAAUUUUAAUGAACCGAGAAAUACUGCCACCUCUAAUGCCGUCUUCCAGCAUCAAUCACAAGUGUUUAUCUCACUCAGCGACAAACUUAAUGACAUGAUUAAUUCAUUCUUUGACAUUGAUAUGGAGAGUGCCAAAACCUUAGAGCUCCAGGCUCUUGCAUGCAGAGUGAUAGCCAAAGCUAUUUCAACCAUAUUGGUCGACCAUUCCAUCUCAUCGAAGGCUAACACAACUUUUCAAACAUUCUCCAAGUCCGUGGAGAUGUAUCACUCGACACUGGAUCCUCUUUUUGUUCAGUGCCAACAUAUUUUAAAGUCAUUGGAAAGUUUUGAUCCAAACAAACCAUACAACAAGUCAGUGCUGAUCCAUCAAUUGAUUAUGGCCAUUCUUAAAGCUGGAGCUCCUGUACCUCAAUUCUUUUUUAAUUUCACACCCAACACUGCACCCAAGCUUGAGAUUGAGAUUAACAAUACCCACAAUAUCUUUAGUAAGCCUGUAACUGCUAUUUUAGGCCAAGGUCUUGUGAUCAAAUUCUCAGGCUAUAUUACACAACAACGUAAACAAGCCACUGCUCAUCAACGCAAAGUGAAAUCUGUAUGCUUGACUAUAGAAAAGAAGUUAAUUUCCUCCUCAACAGCGUCACAAACUGAUGGAAAUCUCACAACAACUACCAACGACUUUGAAGGUGUUCAAAAAUUCACCAUUCCUGUUGUGGAACAGUCAUUCCAAAUGAAAUGUCUUUGUCAUUUUAAAUCUGAAGGAAAAUAUCAGUUAGCAAUAAGAACACAAAUGGUUGAUGAAAAUGAUUGCUACAUUUGGUGGACAAGCAAUUUGGCUGUGAGUGAUGUCAACUCUCUCACAUCCUACGGAAGCGAUGAAAAACGACACAUUUCAAUAGUGGUCGAUGUGAAACCUUUUCCACCCACUGCAAAUAGAUUGACCCUGUAG